GGUUGGCUCAAGGGUGACUGGGUUCAACAGCUACAGUAAAAAAACUCGAUUUUUCACCGUAGUUCAUUGAGCUGCUAUGACGAGGCAAUGAACACUGGGGGUUGGCUCAAGGGUGACUGGGUGACGGUCAUCGCAGUCAAAACUCUCUGCAGUGAGGCUUUGCUACUCUAAAGCUUCCAAUUCCUGGCGGAAAUUCUCAACCGUGCGCUCUGAGGCUAGUUAAUCAGUGCCGCAGGUAGCCUCGCUUGGAUGAUGUGUAAGAGGGCAUGAAAUCGCAAUGAGGUUGUGUCCCGGCCACCUUUGAGCCGGUAAUGCUCCGCAUCGUCAAGGCUCGUCGGACAGAAGAAGCGCAUUGGAGACGAGCAAAAAUUGACCAUGUCUAUCAAAGAAUUCAAACAAAUGAGUUGACAAAGGACUAGCAAAAUCAAAAUCAUGGUUUACUCAACACCCAUUACAUCAUUGGAAUGAAUUCCAAUACUACAUGUAGCACUCCCCUGUCGCCUCUUCCUGGGGAAAACAGCAGUAUGUGCAUUGAGGGUUCCAAAAAGUUCAAUACCUUCAUGACAACUGGUCCCUACUAAAUCCUUCUUCUUGUCCUUGUCGCAGACAAGAUCCUCAGCUGACUCUCCUUGCUCUGUUUGAUUGCUGCUUGCGAGUUUUUCCACAUGUCCUUUCCUCCAAAUCUUCCACACUCAUUUCCAGACAUUCUCGUUGUUGACAAUGUUGACGUUUUCACCCAACAACGGGUACAAAGAUCUCUGUCUUUCAUCUGUCUUGGGGCGUUUGCGGUCUUGUGCGAGCAAAAUGUCCUCUGACUUUGCUAUCAAUAGCUAGCUAGCUAGGAGAUAUUUCGCGCGCAAACCCAUUCAGCUUCGCGGGCUUCAAAGCAAAAGAUCCAACCGUUUUUUCAGAAAAGGAUCCAAAGGAAAGAGUGACGAAGACAGUGCCAAUGGAGGAGGCUGCUGUAUGCACUGGGUAGUAGACAAUGAUACCACCUUUCAGGCUACUCGUUUGUGUAGUAUGCUUUAAUUUUCUCCAUGGCGACGCCUUGUUGUCUUCAUGGGCACUGAAAUCCUCACAACAGCCAGAGCCAGUGCCUUCCAAGGAAGUAUUCGUUGGUCUGGAUGUCGGUACACAAGGCACCAAGUGUUUGGUCUACUGUCCGCACGAAGGGCGUGUCGUUGCUCGGUCUUCUGUAUCGUAUGGUUUGGAACCAAGUCAUGUACAAGGACGAGCAGAACAAAAACCAUCUGUUUGGGUCUCAGCUGUGGAAGAUUGCUUGCAAAGUGUUGGCCGUCAGAUUGGCGGUUACCAAGUCUCUGGAGUUGGUGUCAGUGGGCAGCAACACGGCAUGGUGGCACUGGAUAGUGCCGGCACGCCACUGCGGCCUGCCAAACUUUGGUGCGAUGUCGAAGCUGCCGAAGAGACGGAACAACUCCAAACGUUGGCACGGAAAGCCGGGUACGACCGUACCUUUUUGACGCCAGGAUUUACCAGCCCGAAGAUUCUUUGGAUGAAACAGCAUGAACCAGAAUUGUUUCAGAGAGCAAAGUGGUUCGUCCUGCCACAUGACUAUAUAGUAAUGGAAUUGGCAUCCCUACAAGAACAACCCGUCACGGAUGCCGGAGAUGCCAGUGGCAACGGCUUCUUGGAUACCACCACUCGGGUCAACAUUGCAUCGCUCGCAGAUCAUAUUGAUCCUACCCUCCAUGACAAACUACCCAGAAUCAUCCAACCCAAUGAGGUUGCAGGGUACUUGAACGACCAUUUCCGUCGACUGUUGGGUAUUUCAGAUGAUAAGCCAAUUCCAGUGUCGGCUGGUUCAGGAGACAACAUGUGUUCUGCUUUGGGCGUUGGAUGCGUACUUCCAGGUAUGGCCGUCAUGAGUUUGGGGACCUCAGGAACUCUGUUUGGCGUCAGUGAUACUCCUGCUCCUUUGAACACACCGCUGGCUCCAUUUUGCAGUGCCUGUGGCCAGCAUUUGCCCCUGGCAUGUACCAUGAGCUGCACGGGAGUGCUGACGCAAGUGCUUCGGGAAUGCUGUCCCAAAGGAUGGACUCACGAAGAUGCAUGUGAAAGAUUAAGUGAAAGCACAUCCAUUGACAUUGGUUGUAAUGGUCUGACAUUUCUGCCCUUUCUAGGAGGAGAGCGGACGCCGAAUUGGCCUCAUGCCACGGGAGCCUUGCUGGGGUUGACGCAACAAACAAUGACGAAUGGAGAUAACAAUCUCUUAGGUCUCUUAUGGUAUCGAGCCUGCAUGGAAGCCAUCACAUUUUGUCUCGCAGAUACGCUUCAGUACUUUCCAUCUGGGAAGAAGCUGGAUAAAGUUUUGUUAGUCGGCGGAGGAGCCAAGAACCCGUUUUGGAGACAAAUGAUAGCGGACGUGCUGCAGUGUCCCCUGGUCUUUCCCGUUGAGACGGAAAGCGCUGCUUUGGGGGCGGCUUUUCAAGCCGGUGCAGCAGCAACAGGGACAUCCGUAAAGGAGUAUGUGUUGCAACAGAAUAUCGAAAUGGAACCCGCUGAAGUAAAGCCCAGCCCAGACAACUUCAAGGCGUAUGAAGUGGCCUUUGAACGAUAUCGCUCCUUGGGCCACAAGCUGUUUGGCAAGGACAGCAAGCAGUGAAACCCUCUGCAGCUAUUUUCCUGAAUUCAUACUGCAGCCCUCGGGGGUCCGAAGACUAAUAGAACCUUUCGUGUCUUGCGAAGAAUCAAACGAGGGCUGGCUAGAGUGAUUGAGAUCUAACUAGCGGCAUUAACGAGCCGUAACUACUAUACUGAACUGAUCCAAAGUCA